CCGCCACUUUCUCGUGACAGGACUAGACAGGAGCUGAAUCGACUUGAACAGGAAGCCGUCGGAGAUUCUGUGAGGAAACGCAGGAACAACAAAGAGGAGGAGGAGGAGUGGGUGCCCGGUUUUUAAACCUGCUUUAAUAGAAUUUUGGGGGAAAGUACACUGCCUUUGUUGUCGGUGAAAGAGGUUUGUUUGCAUGUGAGGGUAAAGUGAUUGCUGAGCCGACAUGGCGAACACCACAGAGGAUGUUGAAAACAAUACGGACCAACAACAGACAAAUACCAGCCCAGAACCCAACCCUCAACCCAAUGAGGCACCAGAGACGAGAGCACGGUCCAGGGGAGGCUCUGGGGCCGGAGCAGGGGAUGGAGGAGGAGGAAACCGUACUAACCCCGAGCAGAACGGGCAGCCACCCGCUGCUCGUCCCGCUCGAGUCGUGGAGACCGAAGAGGAAGAGGAUGAGGAGAUGACCUUGAAAUACGGGGCCAAGCACGUCAUCAUGCUCUUUGUGCCUGUGACCCUGUGCAUGGUGGUGGUCGUGGCAACCAUAAAAUCUGUCAGCUUCUACACCAGGAACGAUGGACAGCGACUGAUCUACACACCUUUCCCAGAGGAAACAGACACCGUCGCACAGCGAGCCGUCAACUCCAUCCUUAACGCCACGAUCAUGAUCACUGUGAUCAUCGUCAUGACACUGGUGCUGGUGCUGUUAUACAAGUAUCGCUGCUACAAGGUGAUCCAAGGAUGGUUGUUUCUCUCCUCCCUCCUCUUGCUCUUCUUCUUUUCCUUCAUCUACCUCCAAGAGGUUUUCAAGACCUACAAUGUGGCCAUGGACUACUUCACCCUGGCAAUAGUAGUGUGGAACUUCGGUGUGGUUGGCAUGAUGUGUAUUCACUGGAAGGGACCUCUGCGGCUCCAGCAGGCCUACCUCAUCAUGAUAAGCGCCCUGAUGGCCCUGGUUUUCAUCAAAUACCUGCCGGAGUGGACCGCCUGGCUCAUAUUGGCCGUCAUAUCGGUUUAUGACUUGCUGGCUGUGCUCUGUCCUAAUGGACCACUGAGGAUUCUUGUAGAGACGGCUCAGGAGAGAAAUGAACCUAUAUUUCCAGCUCUCAUCUACUCCUCUACAAUGGUAUGGCUCGUCAAUAUGGCGGACACUGACAGGCCCAACAGGAACUCAACAGAAGCAGGUUUACCACAACAGCAGACUCAAGAAUCAGCGGUAGAGUCUCCGCCCCCCUCAAGUCCCUCGCAGGACGACGGGGGCUUUACGCCCAACUGGGUCAAUCAGCAGCAGCACCAGCUGGGGCCCCUUCAGACAUCUGAGGAGACCAGACGGGAGAUUCAGCAGAUGCCAUCUGCUCGUCCACCUGUGGAAGACGACGAUGAAGAGAGAGGCGUCAAGCUGGGGCUGGGAGACUUCAUCUUCUACAGCAUGCUGGUGGGGAAGGCCUCAGCCACAGCCAGUGGCGACUGGAACACCACGCUCGCCUGUUUUGUAGCUAUCCUCAUUGGCCUGUGUCUGACCCUGCUCCUGCUCGCCAUCUUCAGGAAAGCUCUCCCCGCUCUGCCCAUCUCCAUCUUUUUUGGCCUCGUCUUCUACUUUGCAACAGAUAACUUGGUGCGGCCCUUCAUGGACAAGCUCGCUCUUCACCAGUUCUACAUUUAGCAGGACGCCUGGGUCCCCCCCCCUCAACCCCCCCGCCUUCUGGCCAGCAGCAUGACAGCACUCCCUUUAUGGCCAGGAGAAUAAAGGACGAUGCAGCGGCCCCUCUGCCCCCUUAAAAACACCUCUAGAAACUCAUGAUGCUGGAGACACCAGCUGAUUUCACUCUGCCUUCAUUUCUGGCACCGAGAUAUUUUCCACAAUGGCUGUUCUUAAAUUAAAUUUUUUCCUUUUAAACUUAAAAAGACAUUUCCCACCAAGUGGAGACCGAAUCUUCAGUUUGUCCAACAACUACAGCUCUGAGACACUGACUAAUUGGGGGAUAUUAGAUCCCGAUUUAGAUCUGGAGGCUCUUCUCUUUCCAUAUACGCACAGCCCCACCUAAUAGGGGUUUUACAGCAGGUGCCUUCCUCAGGUACACCUACAUGGUAGCUGUUCUCAACGAGGGAGUUUUCUCUUUUAGCUCCCUUAAAGAUUAUAGCAAAAAAAAAAAAUCCUCUCUUAUCCAUUUUCAUUACAACUCCAGCUCUAACCCUUAUAGCGCCUUCAUUACAUGAACAGACACAGUGACACUGCAGAUAAAUAGAUGAUGUGUUAUUUGAAUGUUUACGAGGUUUUGGCGCCUGCUUUGCUCUCUGCUGUUAGAGUGGUAGAUAUUAACUGCGUUGUUAUUGUUUUCCAUUUCCUUAGACACAAAAAUUUAAAUUGGGUGAUUUCCACCCUCUAAGAUGAAUGAACACGUCUCCCCCUUCUGUGAUAAAACGGGGAUUUUUAUUUCAUUUUUUCUUGACAGUAUUGAGUUUAGAGUUGAUUAGGAGACUUCACCACGUUUUCGCCCUCACUUUCACUUUUGAGACUUCCCAGCUGGAAGAGGUAGGCAGGCGAACGUCAGCCACUGAGCAGUCCUGCUGGAGUAAUCUGAGGGUUCAGUGCCUUGCUCAAGGGCAUUUCUGUAGUUCUUGUUAAACCUGUGUGACAGACGUGUGCUGUGUCUUUGUCCCCCAUCUGUCCAGGGAUUGUAACCUGUGAUCAUUUGGUCACAAACUUUAAACCUUUAGGCUACAGCUGCCCUCAUGAUGCUCGCCUGGUGCUGUUUGGAACUAUGCUACGUCCAACCCUGAACUCACUGCAUCGCACAGAUGCCGUCGGGAUUUAUUACUCUUUCAUUGUGAUACGAAGAAAAUGUUUCAAACCAGUUUCAAGUGUUUAGACAUUUUGAAAUGUAUGCUAGUAUCCAGCAUCAGGCCGUGCUUAUUGAGAGAAUAUGAUCCUUUGUAAACAUUUUUGGGAUGAACAGCUUUGUCAUGUGUUAUGAGCUGUUUUGGAUACAAAAAAAAGGACAAAACCAGCAACUCCAACCUAAAAGAUGGAAUCUGGUUUAGAUAAAAUUAAGCUGUUUAAUAAAAGAACUGAUAUUGAAUAUAAAGGAGGACCAGCUGCACUGAUUGUUUUUUCAUCAUUGCACCCGGGCUUUGUGCUUGUGAAGAACCCCGGAGGGAACAACAAUAAUAAUAUUUCUGCUGAAGCAGCUUUUACUCCCAGUUAUGUUCAUUAAGAAACUGUUGGGUGACUGGCUUACUUCUGUUUCUUUCACAUACAUGUUAUGCAAGGUUAUUCCAAUUCAGAUUAUGUUCUUUUUUUAAUAAAAAGUGAAACAUGAAA